AUGCCGCCUGAACCUGAGAAGGGCCUCGAAAUAGAAUAUUUGGAGGACGGAUAUAUGCGCCGGGAGGUGUUGGCAACUGAAGAAGAAGCUGAUGAGAUUGCUUUACAAGCGAUAUACGACGAACUGGAUAUGGCUCAUAUCGCGGUUACACGAACAUUGUCUGUUGGAACAAGCAUUGUCUGGCUCGAGGUUAAACGGAUGCGAUAUUACAAUGUGCCUAUACCUUUCAAUGUCAGUCUCAUUGUUGAAUUUGCGAAUUCGGAGGAGUGCACUCGCUUUCUUCAUGAGAAUAUGAGGAAAUUGAAGGAGCAAUACCUCCCUGCCGUGGAUACGGACGUUGGUGUCAUCGGUGACAUCAUGCGUGCUGUUGUCCCGAUCAUUGACAAGCAUGGGUCUGCAGAGAUGAACGCUGCUCGGCGUGGUAUUCCUUAUUCCCAGUUCAUUGACGAAUAUCAGCCGGAGACGCAGCUGGUACGUCAUCGAGGUCCCAAUCGGCGCCACGAUCGCCCAUGCUACCUCACACUACACCUCUCUAUCACGAGCUUCUGUGUCAGUGUCAUUGACUGUGGAAGCACCGUCCCCGCAAACUUUCCAUCAUGGUCGAGCCCAUUCCACUCUCUCAACAACAUCCACUUCAAUUUCCCGUCGUCCGCGCCGCACGAUUGCCCUGACCAUGAUCGUACCUUUCACAACGAUACGGACUCUCUCAGCUUCACAGUAGAAGCAACCGGGAUUCACGGUCUUACCGCCACGAACUCCGUCGCGCAGGGUAAUUCGAUAACAAUCAAAAGCGGGCAUCGCAACGUCCACGUUAAUCUCGCUGGUCUCCAUAGCGUGAGCUUCAACAUCAACAUCAUCUCUGGUGAUAGCUAUUUCGGUGCUAUCCACGGCGGAAACGUCGGAGGAAGGAACAAUGUCAACACCUGUGUGUAUUUCAUAAUCACUCGAGAGACGUAG